CUGAGCAGUAUUCCGACAGAACUGCGACAGUUACGAGCCUGCCUUCUUUGUGGGCUUGUGAAAACCGUGAACCAAUUUCAAAUGAACGGUUGUGAAAACUGCGAAGAGUUCCUUAAAAUGCAAGGUGAUCGAGAUAAGGUGUAUGAAUGUUCUUCAGCUAAUUUCGACGGCUUAUUGGCGAUGAUGUGUCCAAGCGAAAGCUGGGUGGCCCGAUGGCAGAUGAUAGACAAAUUAACCCCUGGAGUUUAUGCGGCCAGUGUUUAUGGCUCUCUCCCGAGAGAAGUUAUUCACUAUCUCCGAAGCAAGGGGAUUCCAUACAGGUCGUUGGACAAAAGCGAAAAAUGA